CUGGGAUUAUGCCUACAUUCAGAAAAUAUGACAAUUAGCAUAUGUAGGUAGAGAUGGGUGGAAUGGGCACUGAACAAUUUAUUCCUGAAUCUACCACUAGGAGAGUGUGAGCUGGUUCAGCUGGUCAACGCUGGAGUCCGAGCCGGAACUGCGAGCCUAGGUGGAGCAACCGCAACUUGAGUUGGUGGAGGGGGAGGAAUGGAGAACAGUGCCGGAGGAGGUGGAAGUGAUCAUUCUAUAGGCCCUGAGUAUGGCAGCCCACCGGUUCACCCUGACUCUGGCAAUAGUCUGACCAGCAGGGUAAAUGCGGUAGAGAGCCAGGCAGAUGUCCUCGACCAGACGACUUGCAUUGGGCCAGUGAGCUGUCCAACUGCCUUCGCCAAGGUAGCAUCUGUGAAGUGAGAAAGCAAUAUUUAUCUGAUUAUUUGAAGAAUAUGGGACCAACAACUGAAUAACAUUUACAAUUUACUUUCAGUCAUUUAGCAGACGCUUUAAUUCAAAGCGACUUACAUCUGAGAACUAAAUCAAACAAGAACACAAGAAGUGCUCAAAAUACAAAGUUUAAACAUUGCUCUGAGGAGUAUAAACCAGACAAGGAUUCUGCAUUCCGGAUGAUGAUGGGAAGAUCAUGUUGUGUUAUUCACAAAUAAUGUUGUGAGUAACACUAAUGUUGUGAGAUACAACUAAUAGUUUAUAUAGUUAAUCAACUAAUAAUAUAGUUCUCUCCAAGAAAUGGCCAGCUCCUAUUAAAUUUUUUUUCUUGACUUUAUUUUUAUCCAAGUAACUAAGUGUAAAGAAAAGACAUAAUCUGCAAGAAAACCAUUCCAUGAAAUACUGUCUUGAAACAUACCAAUGCUCCAAGGAAACCUUGUGACGUGAAGGGCUCCCUAACGCAGAGGUAGUGUAUGGACCGCCACAUCCAGGCCUCUGUGUGUGCCUCGCAGAGUUUCUUGUAGUACGCUCACACACCUGGAUGAUUACCCGCCGGUUGCAGGCAAGCCUACAGAGAGGAGCGCAUCAUGUGUUUCUGAAGAGCCACACACAGACACAUCGAGGGGGUGCGUGACUGUUCAGACAGCUACUUACUUGUAGGUGAGGAUUGGGCGCGAUGCCCCUCUCCCAGCUGACACACGACAGCACUCCAGGUACUCGGUGGACAUCAAGUACCAGCCGUCGAUGUCCAGGAGCCUCCGGAUUGUCCUGUAGAGCUCACACUUUGUGAAGGUCCUAUUACAGCAUGUCAGCCGGAUGGUGUCCAGAGCAACAGCCGACACAUGAAGAGUUGUCUGUAUGUCUUUAAAUGUCAAGUUGGCAUAUUUGCCCAAGCCAAUAAGCAGCUUGUCCUCCUGUGCCGGUGUUCCAGCAUGCUCUUGAACCUUCUGCUCUUGGAUGACUGCCACAAUCUUUGUUGCUCAUUACUGCAGAAGUUGAGGUGUCACUGCGCUCCCGCUCUUGCAUAUGAGAGAGUUCCUGCAGUGUCUCUGCCCUGUACCUGUGAAAUCCGACAAGGGCUUGGCACUCGACUCUGGAAUCCACAAAUGCCCUCCUGAACCUGACUUCCUCCUUAACGGGAGAAUAGGCAAUUUUGUAGCGGCCAAGGCGUCCUUGUGGACCAUCAGUGGAGAUGUCGAGUUGCUGCGCUCAGGCUCCUGCUGAUGGCUAGCCCCCAGCCCCACAACCCAGUCCACAUCAUUUUCGAGAAGCCUCUUAAAGAUCAGAUCCCGGUACAUGCCGAACUGAACCACAUAUCGGCUCAGAACCAGCAUCGCGGAGUCAGUAUCACCACUCUCUGUGACGACACGGGCCCGGGCUUCUGCCUAACGUUUUUCCAGCUUCUUGCAAACCACAGCCCCCUCAGGCUUGGCCCUGAUGGACUGAGCCUCAAACGUGGCGUGCAUGGUCAGCUCCUUUUCCCUCCAUCUAAACCUUGGGUUUUCCAUCUAGGAUUCAGAAUGGAAAACACACCCAACCUGCGUGUGGAGGCUGGAGAGCUGGUGCUGAUGCCUUCCAAGCAGGCAGCCACUGUGGAGAAAGUUCAUCUUUCUCAAGUGGCUAAAGGGGUGCCCUUUGUCCCGAAGUACCCUGAGGCUGUGCUGGGGGAGGCCAAGGUCAGGGUCAUCCAAGGUGGAGGUCAUCCAAAGUGGAAGGGUGACCUGCUGGUGGCUAGUCAAAGUGCCAUCCAGUUUGGUCAAUAUAGAGAGAAUCCCUUCAAAUGGAUGCUAGAGAAUGACCUUGGCUACUCCCUCAUGGUCCUGUCUGGGCAUCAGCGGGAGCGUGAGGCUGGCAGAUUGGACAGAGGUGCCCUCAUGGCUAAAAAGGAUGCCUUUCUCCAAUAUGCCUGCACAUUUGAGAUGGUUGCAGAAGCCAUCAAAGUGCGCAGGCAGAUAAAGGGGACGUUACCUGGCUGUGAGGGUGACUGUCCGGAGGGCUUUGGGGUCCACAAGAAGAGCACCUACAAGGAGCUCUAUGAGGCCAAGGACAGGGAGAGGAAAAGCCUGCCGUCCCUCAUCCUUCGUGUGCAGCUUUUUCUCUUCCCACCCAAAGCUCCCAUUCCCAGCCAGCCACAGCACACGGUGAGUUUUUAG